ACAACCCUGUUUAAUACAAAAAAAAUCUUCAUAUCAAAAUAGAAACAACGAUAACAAAUAACUAUAUCACAACAAAUAAAUGAAUAAUUAAUUAAUUUUGAUAUUUUGUACUGAUAAAUGCAAUACGCAGAUAAAACCUUCCUCUACUUAAUCGUGUACACUCUACCUUUCUAUCGUCUCCUCUCUAGUAAAUUUGUGUAAACAUACAAAAUAGCUGUUUAACAAAACAAAAAAAGUUAUUGAGUAAAUUGUAUCUCUGCAAGUGGUAUGGUUAUGUGAGUAGUUGGAUCAAAGUUCUUGGCAGGAAAUUAUUGUUAACUAACUAAACGCAAAGAUUACGUGUAAACAUAAAAAUUAAACGAGUCUUAAAGCCAUAAUAAAAAUGACUGAAGUAAAAUAUGUUGGCGCCAUCGAUGAGGGUACUUCUUCGGCCCGUUUCAUUAUUUUCAAAGCUGGUACAGAUGAAAUUGUUUGCUAUCAUCAAAUUGAAGUGCCAUCUAUAUAUCCCCAAGAAGGUUGGGUAGAACAGGAUCCAGUUCUCAUCUAUGACAUUGUCAAGACGUGUAUAGACGAAAGCGUUCAGAAAUUGGAAAAGCUUGGUGGUAAUGCCAAGGAUAUUGUUGCCGUCGGUGUUACCAAUCAACGGGAAUCGGUUAUAGUGUGGAAUCGCCAUACUGGAGAGCCUUUACAUAAUGCCAUUAUAUGGUUAGAUAAUCGCACCACUACCACAGUUGAUGAUUUGAUUGAAUCCAUACCAAAUAAUUCUAAAAAUAUAAACUACUUAAAACCCCUAUGUGGUUUACCAUUGUCCCCCUACUUUUCUGCUUUGAAAUUGCGUUGGUUGCGCGACAAUGUGCCUGCCGUUAAAAAAGCUAUGGACAAGGGAGAUGCUUUAUUUGGCACAAUAGAUUCUUGGAUAAUUUACAAUUUAACUGGUGGCGCUAAUGAUGGUCUUCAUUUGACCGAUGUAACAAAUGCCUCCCGUACCAUGUUGAUGAAUAUUGAAACUUUAAUGUGGGAUUCUCACUUAUUAAAGUUCUUUGGUUUGCCCACCUCUAUAUUGCCAAAAAUUGUGUCAAGUUCGGAAAUGUAUGGCUUGAUAAAAGAUACCGAUAUCAAGGGUACUCCCAUUACAGCCUGUUUGGGUGAUCAGCAGGCUGCCUUAGUGGGUCAGCAGUGUUUACAAAGGGGUCAGGCUAAGGCCACCUAUGGUACAGGUUGCUUUCUACUUUACAAUACCGGCACUGCAAUAGUGACAUCUUCACAUGGCUUACUUACCACAGUGGGUUAUCAAUUCGGACGCGAUUCACAUCCCGUAUAUGCUUUGGAAGGUAGUGUGGCUAUAGCCGGAGUGGCUCUGACUUGGUUGCGUGAUAAUUUGGGACUUUUUGAGUCUUUGGGUCAAGUAGAGGCCAUGGCCCGUUUAGUGGAUAAUUCCUUGGAUGUUUACUUUGUGCCAGCCUUUAGUGGUCUUUAUGCACCCUAUUGGAAUCAAGAGGCUAGAGGAGUAAUUUGUGGCUUGAGUGAGGAGACUACUAGUGAACAUAUUGUGCGUGCUACUCUGGAGUCAAUAUGUUUCCAAGUUCGUGAUAUUUUGGAUUCUAUGAAAAAGGAUUGUGGUAUUCCUUUGGCCAAACUUAUGGUUGAUGGUGGCAUGACUGUUAAUACAUUGUUUCUACAAUUACAAGCCGAUUUGGUGGGUAUUAAUGUUAUACGAUCGAAAAUUGCUGAGACUACUGCGUUGGGUGUAGCUUUAGCAGCUUAUCGUGCCGUAGAACCUUCAUUCAAUAUCGAAGAAGGCUUGUCAGCUGGUGAGGAACGCAUGAAGUAUAAACCUAUUAUAACGGAAAAUGAGCGUGAUGUACGUUAUCGCAAGUGGAAGAUGGCUGUUGAACGUUCCAUAGGUUGGGAUACUUCAGCAGCUUCUAGUAAAAAUCGUGAUUUAUUUGAUUAGAUUUGUCAUAUUUUUCUUUAAACUAUUUUAAAAAAGUAUAAAGUUGUUAUUUAAAGUUUUA